AUGGCCUGCCUCUCUAGGCGCCCUUUCUCUUCUCUUCUCCGAUCUGGUUUCCAACUCCGCGGCGAUGCUACGGCGGCUGUCUGCUGUUCCUCUCUCUACUCUAACCCGGUAUUCACUCGCAUCCCAAUUUUGAUGAACAAACAAUCGCUUCUCUGGGACGGAAUAGGCGUACUCAGUGGGAUCAAGACUUUCCACUCUCGAGCAGGAAAUUCUAUCUUAUGGAGAAAUAGCCCGCUAUGUACUUCUCAGGUCUCGUUUCCCUCUGCUAGAUGCUUCAGUCAUGGCAGUGGUGAUACUUCUCCUCCCUUGGAUCGGAACUUUUUGGCUCAGCUAUGGAUUUCAGAUAUGAAAAAGCUUAAAGCCAUGGAAAAGCGAUAUCGAAAUCAUAGGAAUUAUUCUGAGGAUACCCAAUCUUCAGCACUCAAGCAACCACCGGUUAGCCAGUCUAUGUCUGGUCUUCUCAAGCCUACAACUUCUGAUGAGGUCAAAAUUGCAACUCUGCUUGCUCGAUCUAAUUUGCUGAUUACAAGGGACAUUGAAUGGGGAAAUCUGGUCCUUGGUUUUGAACAGGAAAAUCGCUAUUCUGUAGUUGAUGUUUGCUAUCCUCAGGCGCUGCUUCGUACCCGGCGCCCAUUUGUUGCUUCAAUAACUGAUGCUUUGGGUAAUGAACUUUUCCGGGUGAGGUUCGUAGACCGUUCUGGUGGAUCACAAGCUCAAUAUAUGCUGAGAUUGAUGGAGAGGUACACUUGUGUAGCACUUAAAGCCUUACAAAACAGUAAUCCAAUGUUAAGAUGUUCAUUUUCAGCUCAUUCUCGUGUCUGCUACUGGUGUAGGAAAUUGGUGUGGUCCACCGACGGUGGCAUCUAUGGAGAAGAAUUUAUGAUUUAUACCUGGGUGAAGGAUGCUGAUGGGGAAGUGUUAGCCCAAAUAGAUCGUGAUUGGAGAGGUUUUGGCUUUGAGAUAUUCACAGAUGCUGGGCAGUAUGUGAUCCGAUUUGGAAAAUCUGAUGCUGCAUCCAAAAGUGGCCCUGCUACAAUGGUGGAAGAGUUAGAAGUAAAACGGCCACUGACUUUAUCAGAAAGAGCUGUUGCCCUUGCACUUGCUAUUUCACUAGAUAAUGAUUACUUUUCUAGACACGGUGGCUGGGGAAUCCCGUUCAUGGCUGUGGGUGAGUAG